AUGAGUAGUAAUACUAUGUUGAAUUAUGUGCAAAGUGAGAUUGAUGUGGAAAGUAGUGUAUUUAACGAAAGCAAUGAAAGGGAGAUUACAGUGAUCAUGGAGGAUAUUUCACAGAUGGGUAGUACGGAAGAUAUGAAUGACAUGUUCUUAGGGAGACCCUCAAAAAAGCGAAAGGCAAAUAGAUAUAAUGAAUGUACAGAGGAUAAUGUACUUACGAGAAUUACGGAGGAUAAAAUUGAAGUAUGUUUGACAUGCACAGAUAAACUUCCGAAACAAUUUGGAUUGGCAAAAAUGUUAAAAGCAGAAAGUAUUAAAAACGUCACGAAAAUUAAGUACAUAAAUGCAUUUAAGGUAUUGAUUCAUUUUAAUAGCGAAGAAAGUGCUGAAUCUUUUGUACAGUGCAAGAGAUUUAACGAGAAUGGUUUUAAAUGCCAAAAAACUUUAGAAAUUAGUCAAUCAUAUGGGGUCAUAAAAGAUAUUGAUCUAGAAUUGAGCGAAGAAGAGAUAUUACUGGGACUUAAAAGUGAAACUUUAAUUUUAGCAGUAAAAAGACUAAAGCGAAAGAACACUUAUGACGGUCAUUGGGAACAUAGCGAGUCUGUAAGAAUAUGUUUUAAGGGAUCGUCAUUACCGUCGUUUGUUUACAUCUAUGACACUAGGGUAAAAGUGAGUCCUUACACAUACCCAGUGACACAAUGCUCCCGUUGCUGGCGAUUUGGUCACUCGAUUAGAAUGUGCCCUUCUCUAAAAGUAAUUUGUCCUAAAUGUACAAAAAGUCAUCCUAACUGUGAAACGACAACUUUCAAAUGUAAUAACUGUAUGGGAAAACACAUGGCAAUGGCUAAAAUUUGCCCUGUUUUCUUGAAAGAGAAACGAAUUAGAGAACUCAUGGCGGAAUUUAAUUGUUCCUACAAAAAAGCCCUUAUGCUGUAUGUCCCGCCGUCACCUCGACCACCGAUUACGAAGAAUGACCCACCUCUACUUACACAACCUACAUCUGAAAAUGAAUCAUCACAACAAGAUAAGCAGAUUCCCGGGCCUAGUAAUGUGUAUACCUACGCUAGUGUUACGAAAACACCCCCGGAAGAAACGAGAAAAAGCUCUAAGUCAGAGAAACGACGGAAUAGAAGAAGGGCCCUCAAAGAACAGGAAAAAAAUAUGCCUGAAUUUUUUACCGAAGUUAGUGAAGAAGAAAGCAGAAUGGAUGACAAGCUAAGUGAUGAGAAUCGAUCGAAAAAUAAAGAACAAUUGUCUUGGAAAUUAUUUUUUAAAAAAUUAAAAGAGAAGAUAUUGGAAGAGGAAAGUAGCUCGUGGGAAGACAAGAUAAAAGGCUGUGGAAAUAUAAUAUUGGAGGCGUUAAUAUCAUUAGUGUUGCAGUUUAUUGCUGAUCAGCCUUGUUGUAAUUUCGUAAAACAAUUAUGGAUAACAACAACUCACAAACCUACGUAA